AUGGACGUGAUGGAUGAUCGAGCGCAACAGCACUCCUACAUCAAUGGCCCCAGUCUAGGCCAAAUUCCCGCUCGAACAGUUCCAAUCAUUCAACAACCCACUCUACAACCCCCCGCUCCAUCUGGCGACGCAAUGGAUGUUACGCCCCCCGGUAGCGCGAUGAUGGGACCCCCUUCGAGGACAAGUCCCGAUAACGAAGCAAACAGCAUUCCAGAACAUAUGAUGGUGGAAGAUCAACCUAGCUCAGGCAGCUUGGCGACUCCUAGUGCAGCUGCCGCAGCUGCAGCUGGGGGAGGAAUUCAGCCAAAAGUAGUGCAAACUGCAUUCAUUCACAAAUUAUACAGCAUGUUGGAAGAUGUUAAUAUUCGACAUCUUAUCUCCUGGUCCGCUACCCAGGACAGCUUUGUAAUGUCACCAUCCAGCGAUUUCUCAAAAGUCCUUUCACAAUACUUCAAACAUACCAACAUUUCCUCUUUUGUACGCCAGCUGAAUAUGUACGGAUUUCACAAAGUCAGUGAUGUCUUCCAUCAAAAUGCGCCGGAAACGCCGCUAUGGGAAUUUAAACAUGGACAAAACAGCUUCAAGCGCGGAGAUGUCGUCGGUUUGAGGGAGAUUAGACGACGGGCUUCGCGACAAUCUCUCGUUCACCGAGACUCAUACUCUGCCCCUAAACCACCGCUUUCGCAACCCGGAACUCCAGGCGAACCAAUUCAACCAAUUCAGGAAUCAACGGAGUCUAGACUGAUACAAUUGGAACAUGGUCUUUUUGAUAUGCAUGCUAAACAGUCGAGAGAAGCCGAUAAUCAACAAUUUUUCCACGUCAGACAUCAGGGUAUGAUGGAUAUUCUGACUCGUGUCCUACAUAUGAAUUAUGAGUUGUCUAGGAUGAUAGCCUCUUUAUCUGGUCCAGAUUCAGGUUUACAUCGCGACGUUGCUGCCAUGCAAGACGAGAUCCAGCGACACAUGGGAACCAUCAGAGGCAUGGAAGAAGUGAGCGAACCCCCAGCCUCAAGUAGUCGACCAUAUUUCUCGAAUCUGCAAUUGGACAAUCCCCCAUCACCUCGCCAAGUACCCCAAGACGACCCUCGUCGCUCGUCAUUUCUUGGAGUUCCACCUCGCCAAAAUUUCCAUCGACCUCCUAUUCCGUCGCAUUUGUCUCUCUCUGCCCGCAGAGGGUACGGCUCGAUUGGAGGUACAGGUACGGGACAAUCCUCACCAAGUUCACUGAGAGCCCAAGCGCCACCACCCGCACCCCCACCCCACCCACUCGCUAACGCAUCAUCACCACCGUCUAAUUUGUCACGCCGCCACACUUCUGCUGAUAUUCGUAACGUAGUCGGAUGGCAACCUGCUUCAUCCCCUUUCGCGUCAGGUCAAUCGUCGUCACACUAUCCGUCAUCUCCCAAGAGAACAGCAACGCACAUGGCCAACGAGGACCAACGAAUUCGCGAUAGUUUUAGCAUGUACUCACUCGCCGGAGCAACACAUGGCCACAGCUUAUCUCGCCCAACAACUCCUCCAUACACCAACGGAAACGCGGCAGAGCAUCUAAAUAGCUGGUCCUGGGGCGGAUCCAAGGAUAGAGAAAGACCAGGUCUCUUCAGAGAUAAUUCAGGGCCCCCUACUCGGCGAGGAAGUAUGGCACAUAUCUUGAAUCCAGCCGAAACUGCGGAACGCGCGGAAGAACACGAGGAAGAAAUGCUCAGGGAAGAAGAUCGCAAAAGAAAGCGUCUUCAAUAA